AUGAUCCGGGCUGGCUGCUUGUGCCGGGGCUUGGGGCUCCUCCGACCCCGCCCCCUUCCGGACCCCGCUGGGGGCUCCGCGCCGCCGUCCCGACGGCUCCACACUGGCCACCCACAGCGCCGGGACCUCUUCAGCGACCUGGGGAAGGAGGUAGUGAAGUUCCGGAAGAAGUUAAAAGACAGCCUCCCGGGCAGUGAUUGGAACCCCGUGGGUACCACAAAGGGUCUCCCUCCUGAGCGCGCAGAUGUGGUCAUCGUGGGGGGAGGGGUGAUGGGCUGGUCCGUCGCCUACUGGCUGAAGGCGCUAGAGCCCCAGAGAGAUGCACUCCGCGUGGUCGUGAUUGAGAAGGACCCAACGUACUCGCAAGCCUCCACGGUGCUCUCUGUGGGAGGGAUUCGGCAGCAGUUCUCCUUGCCAGAAAACAUCCAGAUGUCCCUCUACUCAGCGUUCUUCCUGCGCACGAUCAACGAGCAUUUGGGGGUUGUGAACGAGCCGCCCAUAGAUAUUCAGUUUAACCACUCGGGGUACCUCUUCCUGGCCUCGGAAGACAGAGCUGUGGUGUUGGAGGAGAACGUGCGCAUUCAGAGGACCGAAGGAGCUGAGGUCUCCCUUCUGUCACCAGCACAACUGAAGAAGAAGUAUCCCUGGAUAAAUACCGAUGGUGUGGCUGUGGCAUCCUACGGCCUAGAAAAUGAGGGUUGGUUUGAUCCUUGGUCCCUCCUCAAUGCCUUCAGGAGAAAAGCAAUGUCCAUGGGCGUCUGUCAGUGCUUCGGAGAAGUGAUGUCCUUUUCCAUCUCUUCCCGAGAAAUAAUGACGCCUGAGGGGGAGCUGACCUUCUCCCGCAUUAACUAUGUCCGCGUCCAAAUGCCCAACAGUUUGGAGUACCAGCCAGUGGAGUGCUCCCUGGUGGUCAAUGCAGCUGGUCCCUGGUCACAGAAGCUGGCCGAGAUGGCCGGCAUUGGGAUCGGGCCACCCAACACCCAAGAAGGGAUCAAGCUACCAGUGGAGCCCAGGAAAAGGUAUAUCUUUGUGUGGCACUGUCCCGAUGGGCCUGGCCUGGACUGUCCCAUGCUGGUUGACACCACGGGGGCUUAUUUCCGCCGGGAAGGCGUUGGAGGCAAUUACUUGGGAGGCCUCAGCCCGGCAGAGGAGGAAGAGCCAGACAUCCAAGACCUGGAAGUCGAUCACAAUUUCUUCCAGGAGAAGAUCUGGCCCUAUCUGGCCCAUCGGGUGCCAGUGUUUGAGUCCCUGAAGGUGAAGAGUGCCUGGGCUGGCUACUACGACUACAACACGUUUGACCAGAACGCCGUGCUGGGCCCGCACCCGCUGGUGGAGAACAUGCUCUUCAUCACAGGGUUCAGCGGGCACGGGUUGCAGCAGUCGCCAGCGGCGGGCAAGGUUGUGGCCGAGCUCAUUCUGGAAGGCAAGUUCAGCACCAUCCACAUGGAGAAGUUCUCUUUCAACAGGUUCGUCUCUGGGAAGCAGGUCCUCGAGAGGAACAUUGUCUGAGAGCUUGGAACUAACCACCCAGCAGGUGGGUCCCACCUCCUCUCCUCCCCAGAUCUGUAACACUCUGUCCGCUCCCAUGAGCAUCUCGGAGCUCUGCAGCCUGACCGCCAGCUUGUUAGUUCAGGAUCCUGAUGUGGAAACUGAGGUACGGAGAGAAGUGACUAGCCAUGGGCCAUGCCGUCUGUUGGUGUCUGAGCUGGGAAUAGAAUCC